AUGCAUGCUGGAACUGAGUUGGAUUCGGUGAAAUCAAAGUUGGAAAGGGAUUCUUUUAAGCGUAUGUGCGAUGGUGACUUGCUAUUUGACAAAGAGAAACUAUUUAUCAAAAACCGCUUUUCGGGGAAGUCGAAGAGUAAAGAAACGGAGAAGGAAAAGAGAAAGGAGCGAUAUCAUAGUCUCGAGAAGAUGAAGGAGAAUGAUCGAGAAAAAGGAUCACACCAUAUGCAAAAGGUUUUUGAGAAGGAAAGGGAUCAAGGUAAGCGAGAUGAGAAAGGUCUAGGAAUAGAUGAUGAAAAGAAGGAAACACAGCAAGAUCGGCAAAAAGAGAAGGGGACUGAUGGGGAGAAAAGGAAAGGAAGCGAUGAAAGUGGUAAAGGGAAGGGGAAGAAGAUGGGAAUGCUGGGAGUGAGGUCGGGGGAUGUUUCCGGUGGUUGCGCUGCUGAGAAUGACAAGAAGCAUCGGGAGAAGUUGGAAAAAGUUGCUGGAUCAGGACAGCGACGUAAGCGGAAAAGUGUUGAUAAGGAUGAGGAACGUGGAAAAGGUGCGGAGAAGGACGUGAAAAAUACGAGAGAGAGGCGAUGCUUGAGCGAGUCAAAGGAGAAGGAGAAACAUCACAGCGAAAGGACUGUUGUGGAAGAAAAGGUUAAAGGUCGUAACAAGGAAUUAAAGGAUAAGGAGAAACGAAAAAAGCAUUCGGGUGGUCGGGACAAAGAGCACAGCAUUGGAAAAAGCAUCAAGGAGAUCGAGAAACUUUCUGGCGAAGACGAGAGCUUCGGCAGUUUGAGUAAUGUGAGAACGAAGAAUUCCGGUAAAAAUGAAGUUACGCGUGAUCUGAACAAUUCCCAUCUUCCAUACGAUUCAGUGCAAAAACCUGAACGAGUCAUGUAUGCGAAAGAACAACUGUCAAAGCGAUGCAGCGCCGACAGUGAUAUCUUCGAGAGUGGGUCGUCGACUGCUGAUUCGCUAGUGAAAUCUUUGGAUAAGAAAUCAGCCACCCUGGACAGUGAUGACUCGUUGGAUACUAUGUGGAUUUGUCCAGAGUGUUCGGUAGCAUAUGUAGAAGGUGCAACUGAUAUGGUUGGUUGUGAUGCAUGUGAUAACUGGUUUCAUUGGAGUUGUGUGGGUUUAUUAGUUGCACCGCCAGAUGACGCUCCUUGGUACUGUCAAAACUGUGCAAAAAAGAAGCUUAAGAAAAAAAACGUGUUGAAGAGCUCUACAUCGAAGAAAAGCAAAAAGUGA